CAUCACAUUUCCGCCACCCUUUUAGCGAAGCCUCUUAGCCUCUCUCACCAGCUGUCGUCAGCCUCUUUCUGUUGGGACGCGCUCAUCGUGAACAAACAGCGACCACGCCGAAGAGAACCGACCCGCCGAACCCGACGGAGACUUUCUGGGUUUGCUCCCGUCCAUCGGCGGUUCCCCCCCCCCCCGGGCGUGUGUCUGCCCGCCCGACGUCCGCCAGGAGAGAAGCGCAGAGACGGACGCACGGCCAGGCCGGUCCGGCGUCAUUAACCGAGGAAGGCGGUAAAUUAACUCGCUUUGUGAGGGAUAAAGAUAAAGUAGGUCAACUUGUGGACGGCUCCGCUUGACUUUUCGCGUUUGUGUGUGUAAAAAAAAAAAAAACCCGAACCAGAUCCAGCGGGGAUUCCUUUGGCACCAUGGUGCUGCUGAAGAGCCUUCCUCCCCCCACCGAGGGAGUGAGGCACGAACAAGCCGAGACCACGGCGGUCAUGGACGGCAAGGGACUGGGCUGCGGCACGCUUUACGUCGCGGAAACGCGCCUUUCGUGGUUCGACGGCUCAGGGUUGGGUUUCUCUCUGGAAUAUCCCACCAUCAGCCUGCACGCCAUCUCCAGAGACCUCAGCGCUUAUCCCCAGGAGCACCUCUACGUGAUGGUCAACGCCAAACUCAGCGAUGAGAAUGAAGCAGAGAUGAGAGAGAACGCCCACGACAGGGGUGAUGAAGAUGCCAGCAGCAGUGAUGAUGACGAUGACGAUGAUGAAGGAGUGAUCACAGAGAUUCGCUUUGUGCCCAGCGACAAGGCGGCAUUGGAGAACAUGUUCUCGGCGAUGUGUGAGUGCCAGGCCCUGCAUCCCGAUCCUGAGGACGACGACUCCGACAACGACUUCGAAGGAGAGGAGUACGAUGUGGAGGAGGCUGAAGCAGAGCAUGGUCAGGGGAACAUCCCUACUUUCUACACCUACGAGGAGGGUCUGUCGGCCUUGACCCAGGACGGCCAGGCCACCAUGGAGAGACUGGAGGGCAUGUUGGCCCAGUCUGUGGCCCAGCAGUUCCACAUGGCUGGCGUCCGGACUGACGAGGCCAACCCCAGUGUUGAAGAUACAGAUGGGAUGGAGGUGGACGCCGAGGCAAUGGAGGCCGGGCAGUUCGAGGACGCCGAUGUUGAUCAUUGACGCGGUUCUCAUUAGCAGCCGAUCGAAGCACUGGUGUUUCAUCAGGGAGGAGGAUGAGAGGACACCGGCAUUCGUCAAAGGUUUCCCAAAAGGCCUGUCAGCUCUGUUAUCGUCUUGUUUCUUUCCCAAACGACAGCAUCAUAUCCUGUUCUCAACUGUCGCACAUGCCCAGCGGCGAUCUCAGUAGUGUAGAAUAGCCUCUUCAAGUUGUCUCCCGCUGGCAGUAUCGUUUUUAUAAAGAAGUCUGCACUCACUGUAACGUAACACACUUCGGAUGAAAGCAUUCACAAAGUCGCAUUUGCAUCUGACCACAAAUGUUAGGGCUGUCUGUUGUCCGGUUGCAGUUUCUGACCCAGCCGGGGAGGAAUUUGUUUUGCAUAUUAAGAGCCAGCAGGGCGGCAAAAUGUGCCCCAUUUCAUUAAUUACACACGUGGUUUUCUUCUCUUGCACAGCUACCCCCCCCCCGCUUCUUUGUCUUGUCACAUCCCUCAUUAUGAAUAGGCUCCCCCAGCCUAUUGAGAUGCAUCCAAAACAGCCACUCUGAGCUUUUUAGAUGCAGCCCCAGCUCCACUGUGUAGUUCCUCUUGCUGAAUUUGGAAAAAGAAAAAAGCUUUUGUACAAGAAGACCAACUUGAUAUCUGACACGCCCUGAAUGGCAGAGUCGUUGUAUGUUGUAUUUGUAUCAAAUCUUCAAUAAAUGCAUAG